AUGAAUGCCACCAAUGCCACCCUGAAUGAUACCGAAACCGUAACCUUUGUGGCGGCAACUUUCAUCGGCUUUCUGGCGCUAGCCGGCAACCUUCUUGUUAUGAUGGUGUUUAUUCAUAAUAAAUUCCUUCAUUCGACGUUCGCUAUCUGCCUCACCGUGUUGCUGGCGUCCAACAUUCUUUAUUGCUUCACCAGUUACCUAAUAGUGCUUUCUGAUCAUUUUGGAAAUAUUAUUCUUCCCGAAAAAUAUUCCUGCGCCUUUUUUGAAUAUGUUAACUGGGUCAUUGCCGGUAUUCCCAUGAAUCUGCACGUCUUAUUAUCGACCAAUCGCAUCUGGGCAAUGUACUUCCCGCUAUCGUAUCGCCGUUGCACGAAAUGGACCGCAUUGUGGCUCGUACUGGCUACAUUAGCAUACGUACAUUUGACCUGUCUUCCUGUAGUUAUUCAGGACGUUCUCUUCAAUCCAAUUGUUACCGGUUGCACCGAUAGGAAAUACGUCUUCUCCACCGUGAUAAUCUUUGCUAUGUUAACCGGUUACGCUUUUCCUGUGAUUUUUAUGGCCGUCUCGGCUUUGUUAUUAUGGAUACGGCAGCGGCAGUUUGAGAAGAGACACCGCACAGGAUUUCGCGUCUUACUGGCGUUAACCGUGAGCGUCUGGGUUUGCUGGAUUCCCUAUGGAAUUUAUUACAUAUUGGAAAUGUUUGACGGCGAUUAUAAUGCGCUGCUGGAUAUUGUGUUCGCUAUGCUGUACAAUGUACAGGGAAUUUUCGACCCGCUUCUCGUCAUCUGCAGUAUGAAAGAAGUGCGGCUAACGUUGAAGAAAUGGUUUUCCAAAAAAAACAGACAAGCAGCCAAAUUAAUCUAA